GCAGUGUAAAGAGAAAGCGAGCUGACGUUUUCCUAACUCUUCCAUGUCGAAUGCGUCUCACUCUCGUCAUGUCUCUCUCUCUGCUUCUGUUCUUCAUUCAGUUCUUGAGUCCGUCUCUCCAGCAGUUUCCUCGGCCGUGCACCUCGCCGGACGUCCUGCAGAGCAAGCGCUGCUGUCCAGUUUGGCCGGGCGACGGUUCGGUGUGCGGCUCCCUUUCGGGUCGAGGCUUCUGCCAGGACGUCACGGUCGCCGACCUUCCCAACGGGCCGCAGUACCCGCAUUCAGGCCUGGACAACCGCGAGCAAUGGCCUCUGGUAUUUUACAACCAAAGCUGCCAGUGCGCCGGCAACUACAUGGGGUUCAACUGUGGCGAGUGCAAGUUCGGUUACUUCGGCGCCAAUUGUGGGGAACGACGGGAAUCUGUGCGCAAAAACAUCUUCCAAUUAUCCGUCUCUGAAAGGCAGAGGUUCAUCUCGUACCUCAAUCUCGCCAAAACUACAAUCAGCCCCGAUUAUAUGAUUGUGACGGGUGUGUACUCACAGAUGAACAACGGCUCGACGCCCAUGUUUGCCAACAUCAGCGUGUACGAUCUGUUCAUCUGGAUGCACUAUUACGUGUCCCGAGAUGCGCUGCUCGGGGGUCCCGGGAAUGUGUGGGCCGACAUUGACUUUGCACACGAAUCGGCCGCGUUUCUGCCCUGGCAUCGCGUUUACCUGCUGUUCUGGGAGCAUGAGAUCCGGAAGCUGACCGGUGACUUUAACUUCACCAUCCCAUACUGGGACUGGCGUGAUGCGCAGGACUGUCAGGUGUGCACGGAUGAGCUGAUGGGGGCACGCAGUCCUCUCAACCCCAACCUGAUCAGCCCGUCCUCGGUGUUCUCCUCCUGGAAGGUGAUCUGUUCACAACCCGAAGACUACAACCAGCGUGAGGUUUUGUGUGACGGGUCUCCAGAGGGACCGUUACUGCGUAAUCCAGGUAACCAUGACCCAAAGCGUGUCCCGCGGCUGCCCACCUCCGCAGACGUGGAGUCAGUGCUGAGCCUAACAGAGUACGAGACGGGCCUGAUGGACAGACGCGCCAACAUGAGCUUCAGGAACGCUCUGGAAGGUUUUGCGAGUCCUGAGACGGGGUUGGCAGUAACGGGUCAGAGCUUGAUGCACAACUCCUUACACGUCUACAUGAACGGAUCCAUGUCUUCAGUGCAGGGAUCCGCCAACGACCCCAUUUUCCUUCUACAUCAUGCCUUUAUCGACAGGUGA